GCGAACGUUUUUCACACCUACCACCUCUUGCGUGCAAACAAACUUCCAGCGGAGAACAUAAUUACCUUCGCCGAUAUUGCAAACAAUCCCGAAAAUCCUUUUCCAGGCCAAGUGUUUCAUGAUACUGAGCACGAAAAUAUUUAUAAGGGCGUGGAGAUUGACUACCGUGGAGAAGAAGUCAACUCGGAAAUCUUCGCGAAAGUAUUGGAAGGCGAUACGGAACUUGAAAAACAAGGGAAGAAGGUGUUGAAAAGUGGUCCAGGAGAAAAUGUUUUCAUCUAUUACUCUGGCCAUGGUACAAUUGGAUAUAUUUCUUUCUCAAACGGAAAACUCAGCGCCACGCAACUGAACGAUAUCCUCGCCAAAAUGCGUUCAAAAAAAGUAUAA